CGGAUACUGAGAAAAAAAUUAUUUUAGAAUAGAGAAAGUUGAAAAUUCCUUCUUUUAAAUAAACUUUGGUAACAUCGAGUAUUACUAUUUUGAUUUUUUUAAAAUGCUUGGGAAUGCGUUAAAGAUUACUAUCUUACUGAUAGCUUGGACUAGUCACUAUUCAGCCCAAUUCGACUUAAAAAACUAUCCUAACAUACCAGGAUAUUAUGGUGAGGAUUUGUCCGAAGAACUUGUCAAAUCUAAGCUAAAAGAUUCAGAACUAUAUGAUCGCUAUAGAAUAAGACGUCAUUUUAUGCCCCAACGAUUUGGAAAAAGAUACACAAGAUUUGUGCCACAACGUUUUGGUAAAAGACUAUACGAAAUGAUGAAUCGGUGAAUUUUCUAUGUUACGUUUAACGUGCGUUCAACUAACAGUUAUUGUAAAAUGAUAACAGACAAUUGCAUGUGAUUCGGUUGAAAUAUAUUUAUAUCUAUGUA